AUGACGGGAACAGGAGGAAAGAUAAUAAAAGUCCUCGGACGACCAUUGCACUCAUCCCCCAAUGUUCGCGACAAGAACAAGUACUGCCAGUUCCACAAAGAUCACGACCACAACACGGAAGAUUGCAGAGACCUAAAGGAGCAAAUAGAGGAGUUAAUACGGAAAGGGAAGUUACAGAAAUAUAUGAAGAAAGGAGAAUAUAGCAAGUUCAGAGACGACAAUAAAAUCCAGUAUGAAUCCUUCUCCCGGGAUGAUGACCGUCCGUCCCAGCCUCCACACAAGGUGAUCGGGGAGAUAAACACGAUUACAGGAGGGCCGUUUUCAGGAGGGUCGUUUAAAUCACUCAAAAAGGCAUACCAGAGACAGGUUAACAGCGUCCAUGCCGUACCCCCAUCCAAGCACCGACGAACAUACCAGGACAUGUCCUUUAGUGAAGGAGACACCAUAGGAGUGAAGCAGCCCCACAACGAUCCCUUGGUCAUAAUGCUGAAUAUAGAAGGGUUCAAUACCAAGAGGAUCCUCGUCGAUAAUGGCAGCUCCGCGGAUAUCAUCUACCUCCCAGCCUUCCAGCAGCUGAGACUAGAUCCAAAAAGACUGUGCCCUUUUGACUCUCCACUUGUCAGUUUCAGCGGAGACAGGGUCUACCCCAGGGGUAUAGUGACAUUGACGGUGACGGCGGGGACCUACCCAGUGCAAUUGACCCGACAAGUAGACUUCCUGGUGGUAGAUUGUCCCUCAUCCUACAAUGUCAUCGUUGGAAGACCCACGCUCAACAAGUGGAAGGCGGCAACGUCAACCUGCAGGAGAAUGCUACCAAGCCGUCCUGCCUGGGAAGGAGAACCACACGUGGAUGAUUGA